AUGCCGACUAUCGGGGUAGAUAAGGAAGACCUCUUCAAGGUGCUCGGUAGAUCCUACACUACGGAAGAGUUUGAUGAGUUGUGUUUCCAAUUUGGAAUUGAGUUGGAUGAAGACACCACCGACGAUUGCCAGGGAGAUGAGAGACCACAGUUGAAGAUUGAAGUGCCAGCUAACAGAUACGACAUGUUGUGUAUCGAGGGUAUUGGCCAGGCCUUGAACGAGUUUUUGGGAAACAGCGAGCCACCCAAGUACACUUUGAAACCAGCCAAGCCGGAAAUCUCGUUAACAAUCAAGGAGUCCACCUUCCCCGUGCGUCAAUAUGCUGCGUCAGCAAUUUUGAGAAAUGUCACGUUCAAUCAAAGGGCAUACGACUCCUUUAUUGCGUUGCAGGACAAAUUGCACACCAACUUGUGCCGAAACAGAACUUUGGUCGCGAUUGGAACACACGAUCUUGACACCUUGACCCCGCCAUUCACUUACGAGGGAUUGCCACCAAAGGAGAUCAAGUUUGUCCCCUUGAACCAGACAAGGGAGUUUGUCGGUGACGAGUUGAUGGAGUUUUACGAAAAGGACAAAAACUUGUCCAAGUUUGUGCCAAUUAUCAAAGAUUCACCAGUAUACCCCGUCAUGCUCGACGCCAACAGAACAGUGGCAUCGUUGCCUCCGAUUAUCAACUCGGACCACUCCAAGAUCAGUGUGAACACCAAGAAUGUGUGGAUUGACGUUACCGGUACCGACAGAACAAAGACCGAGAUUGUCAUUAACCAAUUGGUGGCGAUGUUUUCCAGAUACAGCCAGACCCCAUUUGAAAUCGAACCAAUUGAGAUUAUUUCCGAACACAAUGGUCAAAGCCGUGUUACCCCCAACAUCACCCCCAGGGAAACCACUGCUGAAGUCUCUUAUAUCAACUCGUGUUUGGGGUUGAACUACUCGGGAGAGGACUUGUCCAAAUUGCUCAGGAAGAUGGCCUUGGACGCAUCUCCUAGCGCCGACAAGGACAUUCUCAAUGUCAAGAUCCCCAUCACCAGAUCCGACGUCUUGCACCAGUGUGAUAUCAUGGAAGACGCCGCUAUUGCCUAUGGGUACGACAAUUUGAAGAAAACCAAACCCAAUAGUGAGAGUAUGAUUGCAGCUGCAUUGCCCGUGAACAAAGUUGCCGAUAUCUUGAGGUUGGCCAGUUCACAAGCAGGGUACCUGGAGGUGAUGCCUCUCACUUUGUGCUCUCACGACGAAAACUUUGGGUGGUUGAGAGUAAAAGACGACAACACCAAAGCGGUCAAGUUGGAGAACCCCAAGACCAUAGAAUACCAAGUUGUGAGAACCACCUUGUUGCCUGGUCUCUUGAAAACGGUGAAGGAGAAUAGAAAGCACUCCUUGCCGAUUAAAGUCUUCGAGUGCGGCGAUAUCGUCUUGAAGAACGACAAGUUGGAGAGAGGUGCGUUCAACCAAAGAAACUGGGCUGCCAUUUACGUGGGAAAGGCUUCGGGAUUUGAGUAUAUCCAGGGCUUAUUGGGCAAGAUUAUGCAAACCAUGAGAACCCCCUGGCUUGAAAAGCCCUUGGAGCAGAAAAAGAGGGGUUACUGGAUUGAAGAGGAUAAAGGAACUCUCACUUUCUUCCCAGGAAGAGGAGCCAAGGUCUUUUUCAGGAGCCAGGAUAAUGCCGAAGCAUCCGUCGUUGGAAGCAUUGGAGUCUUGCAUCCAGAAGUCAUGAACAACUUUGAUAUCCCCUAUGCUGCGUCGUAUGUCGAGAUCAACGCAGAGGUCUUCUUGUAA